CUCGCGAUUACGCGAUCUUUGGUUGGAGUCCGUGUGUAUAAGGUGGGGCAGAGUGUCUCCCGGUCAACUUGUAAAAGUUGAGUGUGUGUCGGAUUUCUUAACGAUCUGCUUAAAAACACGUUAGCAGGCCUGCUUCAGAGUGCUGUAAGAGUUUGUAGUCGGGUGGAGCUGUGAGCUGGACUGACUCAGACCAGAGUCAUGGCCUCCGGCAAGAACAAGAACCAGACCUCUCUGGCUCUCCAUAAAGUGAUCAUGGUGGGCAGCGGUGGAGUUGGGAAGUCCGCCCUCACCCUACAGUUCAUGUACGACGAGUUUGUGGAGGACUACGAGCCCACCAAGGCCGACAGCUACAGGAAGAAGGUGGUGCUGGAUGGUGAGGAUGUUCAAAUCGAUAUCCUGGACACGGCGGGGCAGGAGGACUACGCCGCCAUCAGAGACAACUACUUCCGCAGCGGAGAGGGCUUCCUGCUGCUGUUCUCCAUCACCGAGCACGAGUCCUUCACAGCCACGUCGGAGUUCAGGGAGCAGAUCCUGCGGGUGAAGGAGGAGGAGGCCAUCCCUCUGCUCCUGGUGGGGAACAAGUCGGACCUGGAGGAGAGGCGGCAGGUCUCUGCUGACGAGGCCACGGCCAAGGCCAUCGAGUGGGGGGUCCAGUACGUCGAGACCUCGGCCAAGACCAGAGCCAACGUCGACAAGGUGUUCUUUGACCUCAUGCGGGAGGUCCGCAAGAAGAAAAUGGCGGAGAGCAAAGACAAAAACGGGCCGAGCGGCAAGAAAAAGAAGAAGCACUGCUGCAUACUUUAACUCCUGGCGAGACAAAGUGACAAAGUGCCAAAAAACAACCCAGGCAGCAGCAGCUUUAAACCAUCAAACUGUCUGUCAAAACGACACUCACUCCGUCAGCUGUGGAGGGAAACUCCCAAAUACUCCCGUUCCUCACCUGCACAUUUAUUUUUACACCUGGAAAUGUAUUUUUCUCCAAAUGUAUAAAACCCCACGUUUAAAAGAGAAUCUGGAUGCUUAAGGUCAUGUUGAGGAAGCUCACUUCCAUUUGUUUGUAUACGUUGGUUGGUUUGGGUUUUGUAACCUUUGUACUUUCCUGCUUCUGCUUCCUCUUCACACACACUAGAGGCCAUAAGUAUGUGGACGCAUCAGCUGGCUUCGUGCACGGAGAGAAAUCUGAUCAGAUGUUUAUAAAACUCUGACACAGUGA